UCCAAGAAGUGAUCGCUUUCUGAGUGUCUGUGUUUCAACGUUCAUCUACACAGCACACCUUUUUUUUUUCCCUCUUUCUGUCUCUCGCUCUUCCUCGUUUUCUCUCUCUCAAGAGAAUAACUAGACGAGAUAAGGUACAUUUUGCAUUACCUUGAUUUUCUUACCACUGAAUGUUCAAGAAGCUUUUGGCACAUAAUCUGCUGGAGUUUUGAUUUCUUUACUAGCAGACGUUAUUUGAAGGAUCCAAUUCCCUGUUAUAGCUAUGGCCACUAACGAAAAUCUUCCACCAAAUGUGAUAAAGCAACUUGCAAAAGAAAUGAAGAGUCUUGAUGAAUCACCCCCUGAGGGCAUUAAAGUUGGAGUAAAUGAUGAUGAUUUUUCAACCAUAUAUGCUGAUAUUGAAGGACCAGCUGGAACUCCAUAUGAAAAUGGUGUUUUCCGCAUGAAGUUGUUAUUGUCUCAUGACUUCCCACACUCUCCUCCCAAAGGUUAUUUCUUGACUAAGAUUUUCCAUCCAAAUAUUGCAACAAAUGGUGAAAUUUGUGUCAAUACGCUAAAAAAGGAUUGGAAUCCAAGUCUCGGACUACGACAUGUUCUCAUUGUGGUCCGGUGUUUAUUGAUUGAGCCAUUUCCAGAAUCAGCUUUGAACGAACAGGCUGGUAAGAUGCUUCUAGAAAAUUACGAGGAGUAUGCCAGACAUGCCAGGAUUUACACUGGGAUUCAUGCAAAGUCAAAACUGAAGUUUAAGUCAGGAGCUAUUUCAGAGUCAACUACAGCAUUGAACGUGGACCAGAGCAAUACCUCGGUUCAUAGCAUUGAUCAGAAGAACACGACAGCAGGAGGUGCAUUGCCAUUGCCUUUGGCGCCUACAACUGUUACCAGAGGAAAUAAUCAGGAACAGCCAGUCGCUGCAGUUCCUGUAUCUGAUAUAGGGAACAACAGCGGUUCUGCUGCCACAACACCAUCAUCAGCAGCAGCUGUGCAAAAGAAAGAAGGUGGUGGGUUGACAAAAGUGCAAGCAGACAAGAAGAAAAUAGAUGCUAGGAAGAAAAGUUUGAAGAGAUUGUAGUUAUAGGUGAAGUUGGUGGAGGCAUGCACAAUGUAACUGGGAGAAGAAUUGGAGUUGUGUGUGGUGUAAUGGAAUACUUUCAUUGGGAAAAAAAAGUGAUGGAUCAAAUUCACCUGUUCUCAUUAUUCAUUCAUGCAUAAUUAUUGCUGUAACUUUUCCCAAUUUUAUAAAGGAAGAGUGGAAAAGUAGUAUUCAUUUCCUUUUGCUAGA